AUGCAGUUGCGACGAGCGUUACGACGCGUGCCGGAUAAACACUUACCACUCCUCGUGACAAUUUCAGCGUUAUCGUUCGUGUUUUCUUUACUGAUGAUAUCGAUCGGGUAUUUGUUUUUAACGGGGAGAUUGGAUAUGUUGGAGGCGAUGGACGAGACGACGAAGAGGAAGUUCCUCGAUGGGUCUUCGUCUUCUUCGUCUUUAAGUUCUUCUUCGUUCCAGAGAAGUAGCAUCGGUAACGCGGAAGAGGAGGAGGAUUUGGAGGAGAAUCAUCACGAUCAUCACUUAGAAUUAGCGGAAAAUCCGGUGCACAAAGAAGACGGGACGUACAUGCGCCACGCCGUGGACGAGGACGACGACAGCCAUCCGCACUUGACGAUGAACACAAACGGCAUGUUCUUUCAUCCGAUCGUCCACACGCAGUCGAGUUAUUCGACCGCGUUAGAAAAUAGAAACUGUAAAAAAACAACGUCGAGUAGUAGCACGAGUGGGAACGGAGCGUGGGAUCACGUCCCGACGUCGUCGUUGAAACAGAAACAGAAAGAAGUGUUCGAUAGGUACGCUUUGACGGGAUUUCGGAACAAAGCGACGACGGACGCGAGAAUUUUGAUGGAGUUUCUGCUCUCGAUUUCACCGAAACCGCAAAACGGGUGCUGCGCGAUUUUCGACGUCGGUGCGAACGUGGGGAAGUACGUGGAAGAGUUGAAGUCGAUGCCCAUCGCGAAAGAUUGCGAAGUGCACGCGUUUGAACCGAACCCGGAGGUGUUUAAAAUUAUGUCCAGAAGAGUCGCGAAUUUGAAAUCGGUCCAUUUGCACAACGCCGGAGUCGCCGAACAACCCGGGAACUUAACCUUCUACUACCAGCCUGGGAAAGCAGACACCGGAGGUAGCUUCAUGCCGGAACACUCCUACGACAAAUACGCCGACCAAGCGGGUAAAAUGAAAACCGAAAACGUCAACGUCAUCGCUUUAGACGACAUCUUCGACGCGUUCAUCCCAGACUCCGUGUCCAUCCCGCUCGUCAAAAUCGACGUCGAAGGACUCGAACACAGAGUCAAAACCGGCAUGUCUCGCGCCUUAGCUUCCGGCAGAGUUCAAGCCGUCUACUGGGAACGCAAAGGCUCGUUAGAUUUAGAACCGUUUGAAACGGAAGUCAAAUUUAUGGCCAACCACGGCUACAACGUCUACGUCAUGGGAUGUUCCGGCGCGAGAAAGCACUCGUGCGCGUUAACGCUCGUCCGAGUCGACGGGUCAUUCUUCGACCCAAUCUUCGACCCGAAACGACACCGCGCCCCGAACCAAGGCAAAUACAUGACCAUGAACUUGUUAGGCGUAAAGCGAGGGCACAAGUUCAACGACGUCGUCGUCAAAAAGAUGUUGGCUCAAUAA